AUGGGAAGAUGUGAUAUUGAAUUAUUACAAGUUGAUAAUGAAUAUUCGGCAGAUGCAGUUGAGCUUUUAAACGAUGAUCAAAUGGGAGAAUGUGAUAUUGAAUUAUUACAACUUAAUAAUACAUAUUUAAAGGAUACAAUUGUGUGUUUAGAAAAUGCUAAGAAUAAAUACUCAAUUACGCUAUUUGGUCAUAUUAUUGAUAAAGCCUUGGUUACGAAACUGCUUAUAUCAUUACUUGGUAGUGCUGGGUCAGCCAUUUUUGGAUUAAUUGUAAAAAAAAUAUCUUCAGACUUGCACAAAUAG